AUGGUACAUUAUAGUUCCUCCGCACUCCUUCCUGCACUGACUGCUGCUGGAGCAGGACUGUGCAUGGCCCUAGGCCUCUCGUUCCUGAUGAAGGCGCGGGGAGGACGGCAGCGGUUGGGCUCUCUUCGUAUUCAGAAGAGAUUGACUGAUGGUCGGCAGCUUCUCGUGAGGGAAGGGACGGCAGCUGACUCCCAUCAAGUAUAUACGAUGCUCGAGAGGCUGGUUCUGUUCCAGAAGCUCCCGGACGAUCUCAAUAUUUCUUCCUACGACCUUUUGAAAGACUUCCUCGCUGGUCGCUACAGGACGGCCAUUGCGGAGGUUGGGGGCAGUCCAGUUGGGUAUGCUCUCUAUUAUCCAGGCUACUCGACGUGGGAUGGAAAGUCCAUUCAUCUCGAGGACAUCUACGUCGAUGAGGAGCUGCGAGGAGAGGGCAUCGGUCGUACACUGAUAGAGUUCGUGGCCAAGAAGGCAAGUCGAGAGGGGUAUGGUAGGAUUGACUGGUCCGCUGUGGACUGGAAUGUGGGGGCUCACGGUUUCUAUGAGGAGAUGGGCGCCAAGAAGGAGGCCGAAUGGAUACCGUUCGUCCUUGAUCGUAGCGGUAUUGCAGCGUUGGCCACCGCUUCGAGUUGA